GAGAGAGUAGCGGGUGAUUAGAGAGACAUGGACCCGAGGACGGAAGAGCUGGAGGACGGAGAGAUCUGCGACGAUGAGCCCGAAGAGAGUGAUCUUCCACGGGGGGGGGAGGGGAACAGGCCGGAAGAUCUUCCACCUAGACCGGGAGAUCCUCCACUGAGACCCCCUCACCAUCCGGGUCCCCAACCGGGCCCCCAGACCCACAACAUGCCGCCAGACCUCCGCCCCCCGUACCACCGCGGACUCCCGUUCCCGCCGAUCCACCGGCAGCCCGACCGGCCCGCCAGUCCUCCUCCUCCGGCCCCCGGUCCUCCGCCGAGCCCGAGUUCCAGCUUCUGGGAGCGGAGUCACGGGGCGCUGGGCCGCUUCAGGCACCGGGCUGUGCCGAACCGAGGGGGCCGGAACCGAGGUGGCCGGGGCGGGAGAGGGGGACGGGGGCGGUUCGGUACCGGAGAUAGUCGGUUAGGUCCUGGAGAGGGACCUGUCGGUCGGUUCGGUCCUGGAGAUAGUCGGUUCGGACCUGGAGAGGGUCGGUUAGGUCCUGGAGAGGGUCCUGUGGGUCGGUUCGGUCCUGGAGAGGGUCCAGGCGGUCGUUUCGGUCCCGGAGAUAGUCGGUUAGGUUCCGGAGACGGUCCUGUGGGUCGGUUCGGUCCUGGAGAGGGUCCUGUCGCUCGCUUCGGUAUCGGAGAGGGUCCCCUGUCUAGGUUUGGUCCAGGAGAUAGUCAGUUCGGUCCUGGAGAGGGUCCUGUCGGUCGGUUCGGACCUGGAGAUAGUCGAUUAGGUCCCGGAGAGAGUCCCAUCAGUCGCUUUGGAUCAGGAGACGGUCCUGUGGGUCGCUUCGGUACCGGAGAGGGUCCUGUCGGUCGGUUCGGUACCGGAGAGGGUCCUGUCGGUCGGUUCGGUCCGGGAGAGAGUCCCAUCGGUCGGUUUGGAUCAGGAGACGGUCCAGUCGGCCGAUUAGGUCCCGGAGAGGGUCCAGGCGGUCGGUUCGGACCUGGAGAGGGUCCAGGCGGUCGUUUCGGUCCAGGAACUAGUACCCCGGCGCGGUUUGGUCCAGGAGAUGUUCCUCUGGGUCGGUUCGGUACCGGAGAGGGUCCGCCCGCUCGGUUCGGACCUGGAGAUAGUUGGUUCGGUCCAGGAGAGGGUCCUGUUGGUCGGUUCGCUAUCGGAGAUGGUCAAGGUAACAAGAAGGACUCCCCCUCCAGAAAACAGAAGCCGCUGAGGGGCAGGAGGCCGGCUCACGGACCCUCUAAAGCAGAGAGGGCCGGGGACGAGUCCUUCGAGGACCUGCUGUCCAAAUACAGGCAGAUCCAGAUGGAGCUGGAGAGCAUCCGCAAGCAGGAGACUAUGGCCCUGCAGCCCCCCGUCAAAGACCAGGACCCCCAGUGUGCCACCAGACUCCCAGAGACCGGACCAGAACCAGGACCAGAACCAGCAGAGGAGCCCUCAGAGCUGGAGAAGGCAGAGAAGAAGGUGUUCCAGGCGUUCAACAUCAAACCUCUCCGUCAGAAACUCCCUCCGCCCGCCAAGCUGGAGACGCUGAGGCUGGGAGACACGCCGGGAGGUGAAGAAGAAGAAGACAAAGCAGCAGGAGGUGAAGAAGAAGAAGACGAAGAGGAGGAGGAGGAGAAGGAGAAGAAGUGUGUGUGCUGCAGCAGCGAGGAAACCAACGAGGAGGAGAGAAACAACUGUGUGUGCUGCAGGGAGUCCUCGGCCUCCAGCGAGGAGGAGGCGCAGGAUCAGGUGAGGAACCUUUAGGUGCUCGCCCCACGAGGGCGCAUACGGCCGGUUGCGUUACUGUUUAGUGUCACAUAGACCGUUCGGCCGCACGAGGAUGACUGCGGAAACGAUAACGGGUCCCAAGGUGGAUAGACCGGCAUACGCAACGCUCUGGGGGGUC